UUCAAUUUUUCCCAUUUCCUCUCUUCCAAAAUUUCCAACCAAAUCUGCGCAUGGCGACAGCGCUAAACGAGAAUCUGGAGAAUUCUUCUGCUCGCGGAGAUGCCGCAGUGGAGCAGAAUCACGAAAUUCCGGAUUCUGAAAUGCCGAAUCACGGAGGAUUGGCACCUGAACCAUCAUUUUCAGAAGAAGAAGUGAAGGGCGCACUGGAAAUAAGUGCAUCCACUGGGAAAUUUUGGCUAGAUUGGGAAAAACUAAGGAGUAUCUUGUCCUUCCAUCUUAAGCAGGUCCUCUCAGAAUAUCCUGAGUCUAACAUGACCGCCGAGCAGCAGACUUCUGCAUUAGGGGAGACUUUCCAGGAACUGGUGAAAAGGUUGGAUGAUGCUCUUCAUAGCUUUGAUGAAGGCCCUCCAUUUACCUUACAGAGGCUUUGUGAGAUCUUAUUAUCUGCAAGAAGUAUCUAUCCUAAGCUGUUGAAGCUCUCUUUGGCUCUAGAUAAGAAUAUACUUGUCACAUCAACGUUGAAAAUCUGUACCGAUCCAUACCCACCCACAACAGAACAAAAUUCAAAUGGGGCUCACGAAGGAAAUGGAAACGCCCUGCCUCAGAACAACGCAGUCGAAAAUGGGGGGCUAGAACCCCCGGUUGAGGACCAAGAUGAAGUAAUGACCGAUGCUCAGGAAGCCGAAGUAGUCAUCGGUGAUGCUCAGGAAGCCGAAGUAGUUAUCAAUGACAAUACGAUGAUGGACAUGGAAACUGCCGAGGACGUGGCCAAAUCACCAGAAGCAAAUCCUGCUCCGAAGGUCGACUCUUAACAUCUAUUGAUUUACUGUGCUAGAAUGAUUGAUUUACAACGAUUGAAGCAUAAUUUUGUAACAUUUUCAAAACGUACAAUUAUUCGUACAUCAAGCACUAGUACUUUAGCAUCGUUUUUGAACGUUUAAAACAGGUGCACAAUCCAGAAUUUUAAGUUUUGGUACA